GAGAUUCUGCAAGAUGAAAUAGACUGGUGGUCUAAGUAUUAUGCUUCUAUUGGUGAUAUGGACAAAUGUGGUGACUAUCUGGAUAAGGGAUAUGAUACAGUCACUGUUUUUGAACAACCUUUAGAAGAAAUUGAUCACAAUAAUCAUUUUACUGAUUUUUGCGACACAUUUGAGUUAAAACGUGGUAAGACAAAAGAUGAUGAAGAAUCCGACAUUGUGGGAGAAUUUAAGGGUACAUUCCGAGUUUAUCCAUUGCCAGGUGAUCCCAAUGCUCCAUUGCCAUCAAAACAUCUCCGUUUUCUUCCAAAGAGUGAUCCCGAAGAGUGCCUAAUUAGGGUGUACCUCAUUAAAGCUGUUGAUUUACAACCACAGGAUCCAUCAGGAUUGGCAGAUCCUUUUAUCAAAUUGAAACUUGGUAAUCAAACUAUUUCAGAUGUAGAUAAUUAUCUUCCUAACACCAUCAAUCCAGUAUUUGGCAAAAUGUUUGAAAUGAAAGCCAUGAUUCCUGUCCACAAAGACUUGAAAGUCACCAUUAUGGACUACGAUAGAUUCAGUCAAGAUGACAUCAUCGGUGAAACAGUAAUUGAUUUAGAAAACAGAUUGCUAACAAAAUUCCGAGCAACAUGCGGCCUCCCGAAGACCUACAACACAUCUGGUCCAAAUGUGUGGCGUGAUACCCAGACACCAAAGCAGAUACUAGAAGAUUACUGUAAGAAAAAUCUUCUGCAUGAACCACGUUAUUAUGGAAAUAAUAGUCUAAGUGUAGAGGGCAAGAUGUACAACCUGGCAGAUUUCGAAACAAAUCACAUUCACAACGAGUAUCAAGGACCCUCAGAUCAGCGUCUUGCACUGUAUACUUUACACCAAUAUCCACUCGUGAGAGAACAUAUAGAAACAAGACCAUUGUAUAGUCCACUGCUUCCUGGAAUAGAACAAGGAAAGCUACAGAUGUGGAUUGAUAUAUUUCCAAUAGGCAUAGGGAGACCUGGACCUCCAUUUGACAUCACACCCAGAAAGCCUAAAAAGCAUAUUUUACGAUGUGUUAUUUGGAACACUUCUGACGUGGUAUUAGAUGAGACUUCUAUUACUGGUGAAAAAAUGAGUGAUAUCUAUGUCAAAGGGUGGCUGAUGGGUCAGGAUGAGAAACAGGAAACAGAUGUUCAUUAUCGCUCAUUGGAUGGCGAUGGCAAUUUUAAUUGGAGAUUUGUUUUUCCCUUUGAUUACAUUCCACCUGAACAAACCAUGAUUGUGAAACGAAAGGACCAUUUCUGGAGUUUGGAUGAAACAGAAGAAAGAGUGCCGCCAACAUUCAUUAUACAAAUAUGGGAUAACGAUCAGUUUUCACCGGAUGAUUUCUUAGGUACAUUAGAGUUAAACAUGAAUCAUAUGCCAAAACCUGCCAAAAGCUCUGGAAAAUGUAAGAUGAGUAUGUUGCCAGAUGCACAAGGGAAUUCAAAAAACAUGGUGUCCUUGUUUGAACAGAAACGUGUGAAAGGAUGGUGGCCAUGUGUCAAUGAAGAAACCGGGGCCAGGGAGUUGGCUAUGACAUCACCAAUCAGAUCAUUAACAGCCUAUUGUAUAUCAAGGGUAGGAUAUAAAAAAUAUCCACUGAAUUGUAUCACUUGA